UCAUUGUUUUUUUUCUUAUUUAGAUUUUAACGAAAAUCCUCCGUCCUUCAUUUCAAACUCAAAACACUGUUCAGCAUAAAGUCUCUUCGCCGGAACUUUCACUUGUCCCUGAUCGGUCUAAUUUCUCUGUUUGUUUCUCCGUAAUAUCUUGAACCAAUAUCUCAAAUGGGCUUGAUUGAAUUUAUCGAAUCAAUCAAAUCUAUUGACUGGGAGCAAGAAUCGUUCCCAGCCUAUGAUGAUUUCAUUCUUCUUCCUCUUUUCUUCAUUUUCUUUCCCUCUGUUCGAUUCCUUCUCGAAAGAUUCGUAUUUGAGAAAGUGGGGAGGCGAUUAAUUUUUGGAAAUGAGCUCCAGAUGCUGAAGGUCGAUGAUGGAGAAAGAAGGAAAAAAAUUGGAAAAUUUAAAGAGUCAGCCUGGAAAUGUGUGUAUUUUCUUUCAGCAGAAGUUCUGGCCCUGUCUGUAACUUAUGAUGAACCUUGGUUUAAGAAUACUAGAUACUUUUGGGUGGGGCCAGGAGAUCAAGUUUGGCCGGACCAAAAAAUUAAGUUGAAACUGAAGGGAUUAUAUAUGUAUGCUGCUGGAUUUUAUACAUACUCCAUAUUUGCUCUGAUGUUUUGGGAAACAAGGCGUUCUGACUUUGGGGUGUCCAUGGGUCAUCAUGUUGCAACUGUCAUUCUCAUUGUGCUGUCAUACAUAUAUAGAUUUGCUCGUAUUGGUUCUGUUGUUUUAGCACUUCAUGAUGCCAGUGAUGUGUAUUUGGAGAUUGGGAAGAUGUCAAAAUACAGUGGCGCUGAAGGACUUGCUGGCUUUGCAUUUAUUCUUUUUGCUUUGUCUUGGAUCCUAUUGCGGCUAAUCUAUUAUCCUUUCUGGGUCCUUUGGAGUACAAGCUAUGAAGUUGUCCUGACCUUGGACAAGGAAAAGCACCCACUGGAUGGACCAAUCUACUAUUAUGUGUUCAAUACUCUUCUAUUUUGCUUGCUUGUUAUUCACAUUUAUUGGUGGGUCUUGAUAUAUCGGAUGCUUGUUAAGCAAAUCCAAGCUAGGGGCCGAGUUAGUGAAGAUGUUCGAUCAGACUCCGAAAGUGAAGAUGAACAUGAAGAUUAAUCAGGAAGCAAAUAAUUACAGCCAUUGUGUGACUCCUGUAAGGUGGGGAACUGCCUUGCGUUACACGACUGAUUUGUUCUUUAAUAAAAAUGAAACACAUGCGAUCUGUGGGAUUCCUUUGUAAUGAAGGAAUUGUAUACUGAUUUUUGAGAUGGUGUUAUAGCAGACAGAAGAUGGUGGCAAUUGAAUAGGUGUACAAUUCUUGAUGUGAGAUUUUGGGCCAUGCAAAGCACCAGCUUAGAUUUGUACUGACCCACCAAAGAUUUGUUUUGCGAGAAAAAAUUUCGUGAUCUUUAAAAUGUACUAUAUUUGAUCUCUAAUACUCGAUCCUCUUGCCUGUUGCAAGAGUUUUGUUAAUGCACUCAAUUCUUUUUGUAACCGACCGAAGAACUUUGGUUCAGAUCGGUUACUGUUUAACGUUCAUCGUCAGUUUAAAAGUGUUUAUGUUUGAGCGGAUAGUGAUUAAUGAAAAUUUAAUGAGUCCUAAUCACGUCUUUAA